UGUACAGGGUGCCGAAGUGGCGGGUUUCCUUGCCGCAGGACGGGGGGCCCAUGCCCCCUUUCAUCAGCACCACAUUGGUAAAAGUUAGUGUCCUGUGUCAUUGUUAGACUGUUACGUGGAGUGCUACUAUGCCGUAUGGAGGACGUGGCGAAGCAGGCGGCGCGAUGGCGUGCGCCGGCUGCGAGAAGCCGAUCCUGGACAAGUUCCUGCUGCACGUGCUGGAGCGCGCGUGGCACGCGGCGUGCGUGCGCUGCGCCGACUGUCGCGCGCCGCUCGCCGACAAGUGCUACUCCAGGGACAACAAGCUCUUCUGUAGGAAUGAUUUCUUUAGGCGAUACGGAACAAAAUGUAGUGGCUGCGGCCACGGCAUCUCCCCGUCAGACCUCGUCCGCAAAGCGCGCGAGAAGGUGUUCCACCUCAACUGUUUCACGUGCCUCGUGUGUCGGAAACAGCUGUCCACCGGCGAAGAGCUCUACGUCUUGGACGACAACAAGUUUAUAUGCAAAGAGGAUUAUCUCGCCGGGAAGGCGCCGACACAGCAUUCGGACUCACUACUAGGCUCAGGGUCUGACGAGGAAGAGGAGGACGAGUCCAGGGCAGCCAACAACUCCAGCAAUCCAGCUCAUGCGCCACAUCCCGCGCUACAUUCUGAACUGUCACAUAAUGGGGACACCAAGCCGCAUGAUGACUCUGAAGACCAGUUGUUUCUCUUCACCUCCCAGGGUUCGCUGGACGGGGACCCCGAGACCCGGGACUCGCAGGCAGAGAACAAGUCCCCGGACGACGGCAAUGGGGGCUCCAAGCGACGGGGGCCAAGGACCACGAUAAAGGCGAAGCAACUGGAGAUACUGAAGUCGGCUUUUUCGCAGACCCCAAAGCCGACGCGGCAUAUAAGAGAACAGCUGGCCAAGGAGACGGGGUUACCCAUGAGGGUCAUACAGGUGUGGUUCCAAAACAAGCGAUCGAAAGAGCGUCGUCUGAAGCAGCUCACGUCGAUGGGGCGGGGCCCGUUUUUCGGGUCAUCCCGCAAGAUGCGAGGGUUCCCCAUGAACCUGUCCCCGGGGGGGCUGGAGGAAGGCCCGCCGGGGUUUCCCUACUUUGCGACAGCAGAUGGCAAGUUCGAGUUUGGCUAUGGCCCGCCGUUCCACCAUGAUGCGCCGUUCUUCCAUCCGCCGCCCGCCAUGCCCUUCAAUCAGCCAGGUCGUUUCGCAGGCGGCAUGGAGACUCUUCCCGGCGGGGAGUUUCCUGAGCAGUUCCCGCCUCCGGACCACCUCGUGCUUCCUCGGCCAUCUUCGCCGGAGUUCACGUUCGGCGACGGGCCGCCCCCCCUGCACCCGGAGGGGCUGGUCUGGUAGCUCAAGCCGGAGCCGCGGGACUUCCACGACUGAUGCGGCUCGACAGGCUUCAAAGUGGACUUUAGCAGUGUUAUUAACUAACGCGAGCGUUAACGAACAUAUUAAAAGACGCAGUGUUUAUGUGAUUUUAGUUCUGUGUACGUUAAGGUGUUUCCCGCUUGCUUCGAAUCCAGGUUUGAUUUUGAUAUCAUUGCAGUUCCGAGGAACUAGUUUGUUUUCUGUUGCAGUGAUUUGGUGCUACAAAGAUUGAUUUGUCGAUGUUUUCUCAGUUAAUUGACUUGUUUUGAUAAAUGUUUAAACUGGUGUUAUUAGGAUGACUGGUUUAUUAUCAGGAUAUAAUUUUGUUUACUCUGAAAUGACCUUAUCAAUCGAUAGGUCACUAUAAUAUUUGAUAUAUCAACCUGUUUUUUGCCGGAGAAUAUUGUAGAAACCGCUAUUGAGACUAAUUCAGAUUAGUUACGCAUUAAAUCAUGGUACAUAAAUCUUUGCUUUUAUAUCCUUUUAGUUACAAUUUAAUUAUUAAUAUUACAAUGUAUUUGUGAAUAAGGCAGGCACUGUGAAUAUUAAGAAUAUUAUGUACAGAUAGCUAUUGUAAUAGAUAAUUUAUUAAGUAUAAUAGAAAGAAUAAUUUAUUUACAAUGGGUUUCAUAAGCAUAAUUUAUAUAAGAGUAAUUUUGGUUCCUAUACUAAGAUAGACACACUUUGAGCAUUUUUUGUAUAUUUAUUAUUAAUACCCUCUUCGUUACUUAAGUACAAUCGUUUUUAGAGUAACGUUCAUAUUGUAAAUAAUUGAUUUGUAUAUAUAAAUGUACUAUCUAAGCUAAUAAUGUACUUAAUUAGGUACUUAAUGUAAGUAUAUAGUACUGUAUGUUUAGCUAACCAUUAUAGUUUUGUUUCAACAUUUAAAAUUUCACAAUUAAAAGUUUCAUCUCAUUUUCUUUUAUCUUUUCGAUUACUGAACAGAUUAUCCCCUGUCAAAUAGCUUUACCUCACUGAAGUUAGCUAUGAGUACUUAUUAGACUUUACGAUAGCUCAAAUGUACAAACAAAUAUUAGGCACCAGGCGCAGGCUUGCGCAUGCGCAAGGCGUUAAAUGACUGACUUCAGGAGGGCAACUUUAUUUGACAGGAAAUUUAUAACCCUAUUUAUCUUUUUUUUAUUUAAUGAAACUGUUGGAAAAUACCAAUUUAUAUUUUAGUUUAAUUCCUCAAGUUUUUCGCCAAGAACGAACUUAGAAUUUUUGUCUAAAUGGAUCUUAUAUAUAGCCUUUUUUUGUUUCAAAAUUGAAAAUGGAUUUGCAACAAUUUUUUUUUUGAGUUCACAUGAAAUAGAUAAGCACUUACUAAAGAACUUGAAAUAAAGUAUUUGUUUCUAUUUUACAUUAUUUUGUUGCAAAACCAAUUUUCCUGUAGAAAACUGUAAAUGGCAUACAGAAAGUAUUUUUCGAAACAAUUUCACAUACCUAUAUUUAAGGGAACAACAUGUUUUUAAUUGUGUUUGGAGUCACGAAUUUUCUAAUGUAGGCUACAAAAUAAAUAAAAACGUUUGUAACACCGUAGAUAAGAGAACAGAAUUUGACUAAAAAUGUAUUUCAGUUUUUACCCAACUGUCAAGAAUUGUUAUUUUAUUUUCACGAAGAAUUUCAUGCAGUGAACUAUUAACGAUUUAAACAAAACCUAUUCGAAAAAAUUAAAGAUUUAAAUAUAAACCUUUACCAAUACAAUAGCUUCAUAUGAAUCUCAAAGUUUAAAAACUACUCUCUUUUUUUUUUUCAAAUUCAAUUUUGACUCCAAACAUAAUAAGAAUGAUAUUAAAAAACAGGCUCACUUGCAACUACAUAUGUAUGUACUAUAAUCUAAGUGUUAAUAUUUGGUACGUACCGUUAUAUAUCUGUAUUUAGCACAUAACAAAAAUAUAAUGGAAUUGUCUGUAAGAAUAAAAUCUAUUCGAAAAUA